ACAGGUGUUCGGAACAGCGAUGGGCAAUCCACUGUCGCCCAUAAUAGCAGAUCUGGUGAUGGAAACUUUGCUCGAUUCGGUUACCAAGACGAUCAAGUUUCCGAUCCCAGUAAUCAAGAAACAUGUGGACGAUCUCAUGCUGGCGAUACCCAAAGACGAAAUAGAAACCGUGAAAAACACAUUCAACCAGUACCACCAGAAGAUACAGUUCACCGUGGAGGUUGAAAAGGAUGGAAAGCUACCAUAUCUGGACUUGUUGCUGGUCAGGAAACCAGACCAAACAAUAAAAACAGAAUGGUAUGCCAAACCCAUAGCGUCAGGCAGAUUCUUAAACUACCUGUCGGCUCACAGCAUGACGCUCAAGAUAAACGUGGCCAAGAAUCUCAUCAAACGAGUAACGACAUUCUCCACCAACGUCGACGAAGCCACAGCAAAGAAGAUCAUCCACACGCAGCUUCGACAGAACGACUACCCGAAACCACUAAUCAACCGCCUCAUCAAUCGACGUCGAGAGAAUCCACCCGCCGCAGCACCACCUACCGAGGAUGAUAACACAAAAACGUUCCGAUCAAUUGUCAACAUAGGUUCUCUCACCCACAAGAUACAACGGACACUUCGAUCCGACUACCCGGAAGUGGUUACAUGUCCACAACAACGGAAAACUGUGAGAUCGAUCAUACCAGGAGUGAAGGACAAGCUGGAAGAAAAUCAACGAUCGAACGUCAUCUACAAAAUACCAUGUGCAGACUGUGGAUCAAGCUAUGUAGGUAUGACAUCAUGCCGACUAAAAGAUCGCGUGUCCGGCCACCGAUCGACAAUCAACAAAUUAACAGAACUACGAGAAGCAGGAAAGGAUGAGACCGACCAGGAGAUCAUGAGACUGAGGGAGAAAACAGCGCUGCUAGAUCACUGCAUCACCAACAACCACCAAUUUCUAUUAGACAGGGUAGAAGUAUUGGAUUCAAGCCACAAAAAACAGAAUCUAGCUAUAUUAGAGUCAUGUCACAUCCUUAACACACAACACACUGUCAACAAGCGAACCGACACCGAUAACCUAAGCGGCACGUACGCCGGGGUAUUACACACAGUUAAAACGAUACAACACACUACACACAGACGAACAGUGGAAUAGGCGCACAAUAGCAGCCAUCACCAUAACGAGACACAGACAGAAUCCGAAAUUGGCGCGAAAGUGACCGACAAGUGUAGGAGGUAAAACAAAACCCAAUAUAAGUGAACCGGUAGAUUUAAAAAUUGCGCCAACGAUCGAACUCAACCACUGAAUGGAUGACGUGCGACUAUGUUCAACACAUUAUAACUCACGAUUGAACGGAGUGAUUAUCUGUAAGAUUUUGUAAACUAUGUUGUUAAAUGUUGUACUAAAUUGUCCAUUUGUAGAUCCUUCGAAAAAGGCUCAAUACAUGGGCCCAUAUAGCCGAGGCGGUAAACGCACGGGUAUUCAGCAUGACCAUGCUGAGGGUGACGGGUUCGAUUCCCGGUCGGUCCAGGAUCUUUUCGUAAAGGAAAUUUCCUUGACUUUCUUGGGCAUAGAGUAUCUUCGUGCCUGCCACACGAUAUACACAUGCAAAAUGGUCAUUGGCAGAGGAAGCUCUCAGUUAAUAACUGUGGAAGUGCUCAUAGAACACUAAGCUGAGAAGCAGGCUUUGUCCCAGUGAGGACGUUACGCCAAGAAGAAGAAGAAUAGUGGAAAACAGACGAAU